AUGUCUUCUUCCUCCGUUCAGACGCAGCGGCUGUUGUCCAUAGUAGGAGCAACGUUUGUUGCCCUAGCAUGCGGAACAAAUUACGUAUAUUCAGCAUGGGCUCCUCAGUUUGCUGAACGGUUGAAGUUGUCAUCUACCGAGAGCAAUUUAAUUGGGACUGCCGGGAAUCUUGGAAUGUAUGCCACUGGGAUUCCAGUAGGUCUUCUCGUUGAUUCGAAGGGCCCAAGGCCUGGCAUUUUGAUAGGGAUAGUGGCUCUUGGGUUGGGCUAUUUUCCACUUCAUCGAGCCUAUGUAUCUGGUCAGGGUUCUAUGGGAGUCCCGACAUUGAGUUUCUUCAUGCUCCUCUCCGGCGUGGGAAGCGGUUCUGGGUUUUCGGGAGCGAUCAAAACGGCUGCAUCCAACUUCCCAGACCAUCGCGGCACGGCAACAGCUUUCCCAUUAGCUGCUUUUGGGUUGAGCGCCUUCUUCUUUUCAACGCUCUCGGCGUUUGCCUUCCCAGAUAAUACAGGUCAAUUUCUGUUGUUAUUGGCUGUUGGCACCCCGACUAUCCUGUUCGUGUGUUUCUUCUUUGUUCGACUUAUACCGCGAUCUCCUUCAUACACUUCUCUCCCCUCGGAGUCAAGCCAGUUCCACGGAGCCCAGUCGUCGCGGGAAAGCCAUCACAGAGAGUCCUCAGAAAUAGGUACGCCAUAUGAAACCUCCAACCCCAAUGCCCCUCAAGAGACAACCAUAGGACCUACGUACCAUUCGGAAUCCUCUUCCCCCAAGUUAGAUCCCAAUGAAACGUCAUCAUUGGUAGUUCGAUCUCUUUCCCCAAGAAGCUCCAACGAAUCGCUCUACGAUGAAAACACUUCCGUCGAUCCUAGCCGUAACUCACUAUAUGUAGAUGUCCGUGGUUGGUCUAUGAUUUCCACUGUGGAGUUUUGGCAGCUGUUUGUACUUCUAGGGCUGUUCACCGGGAUUGGGUUGAUGACAAUAAAUAAUAUCGGUAACAACGCAAAAGCCCUAUGGAAAUACUAUGACGACACUACGGAUUCCGAAUUCGUUCAGAAACGACAGACGAUGCAUGUGUCUGUUUUGUCCAUGCUUAGUUGCGUGGGGCGGCUAUUGAGCGGCAUUGGUUCGGAUAUCCUUGUGAAAAGGCUCCAUAUGUCCCGUUUUUGGUGCCUAUUUACAUCGGCCGUUAUCUUCUGCACAGCGCAGGUUGCCGGGUUCAUGAUUUCAGAUCCCCAUCUGCUUGUCGCCGUUUCGGGACUCACUGGACUGGCUUAUGGCUUCUUGUUCGGUGUCUUCCCCUCCCUUGUUGCCCAUACCUUCGGUGUUGGCGGCAUAUCUCAAAACUGGGGAGUAAUGUGCUUUUCACCAGUUAUCUGGGGGAACAUAUUCAACCUGCUAUACGGUCGCAUAUAUGACACGCAUUCUGUGGUGUUGCCGGAUGGAGAACUCGAUUGCAAGGAGGGAUUGAAAUGUUAUAGCACCUCGUACAUCAUUACAUUUUACGCCGGGCUUGCGGGAUCCGCAAUAACUCUGUGGACUAUUUGGCAUGAGAAAAAGGUUCUCAGUCGUUUGAGUGGGAAGGGAUUCCAUGAACGAAUUGCCUAA